CUUCAAAAACCACCAUUAUUCCUAAAACCACAGUCUUCUCUCUCCUCCUCUUCAGCUGCCCGCAAACAUUGAGAAGGGCAUGCUGCUCACCGUUUGAUCUCCAGGAUUUUCUUCACUCUGCAGAUUAUAUUUGACGAUGACGAUAAUUUUUUAGGUGCCAUUUUUAUUUAUUUUUUUCCAUUUAUCAUUUGGAUAAUAUUCGCUGCUGCAAAAUUCGGCUUAUUCGGCUUGGUGGCUAUUGACUGGUAAUAAGAAUUAAGGUGUUUCUGGAAGUAGUGUAUCGGCCGUAUGAUGAUGGCUCUGACAUGGCUAAGUGCAAUUCUAGUUGGAGCUGGGUGCCUUGCAUUAGGAUACUACUUUGGUAGACAUCAUCCUCGUUUCUUUCUUUCUGCUACGACACCUAAAGCUAGCGCUACCGGUAGUGGAAGCAAGAAAAAUCGUGCCCAAGAGCCCCUUGAGAUUGAGAAGCUUGCUGACCUUCUUGAAGAUUUCAAAAUGGUGUUGGUAGUGAGGAAUGACUUGAAGAUGGGCAAAGGAAAGAUUGCUGCCCAAUGCAGUCAUGCAACCUUGGGUCUUUACAAAAAACUCCAUAACCGAGCACCAAAAGCAUUAAACAGGUGGGAGAUGUGUGGGCAGGUUAAAGUAGUUGUCAAAAUUGAAAGCGAGGAAGAUAUGCUAGCUUUACAGAAAAGGGCCAAGUCAACUCAUAUACCCACACAUAUCGUAAUAGACGCCGGAAGAACUCAAAUAGCUCCAAAUUCACGAACGGUCAUGGCUGUUCUUGGACCUGCCGACAUGGUUGAUGAUGUUACCGGAGGACUGAAGCUUCUGUAAUUGGUUGCCAUUUAGGCCCAGAUACAAGGACAUGAUCUAAUUAUAUCUUGGGGAAAGGAACCUGGAACAGCAGGUUCUGCAAAUUGACCACGUUGAAAGUACGAUCACCAGUCCUUGCUAAAUGCUUAUUUGGUGCAACACCCCCCGUCCCCCCACCAUUCUAGUGAUCUUUUGUUGCCUACUUAUUUGGUGUUUUGCCGAUGGCAUGGAGGGUUGUUUUUCCGAAGAAAUGAACAGAGAAUUCUGUGUAACCUUUGAUGAUUGUCUGUCUAAUUAACUUUUAAGUGAUGCUCAAAUUGAUUGAAGUGUGGAAUAGGAUUCAGUUACUGCAGAAA